CCACUCAUCUGAGAAAAAAAACAAAAACCAAAAAUAAAUAAACAAAUAAAAAUCAGAAACGAUAUAUCCAUCCACACCUCUCUCUCUGUCUCGCCAGAUUUGAAUCAUCGACCUGAUCUCAGAUCCAAAUCACAAGCCUUCGACAUGUCUACCUUCAGCGGCGAUGAAACAGCUCCUUUCUUCGGCUUCCUCGGCGCUGCAGCCGCACUCGUCUUCUCCUGUAUGGGAGCUGCUUAUGGAACAGCAAAGAGUGGAGUUGGUGUGGCUUCUAUGGGAGUCAUGAGGCCUGAGUUGGUCAUGAAGUCCAUUGUCCCCGUUGUCAUGGCUGGUGUCUUGGGUAUUUACGGUUUGAUUAUUGCUGUUAUCAUCAGUACCGGGAUUAACCCCAAGGCUAAGUCCUACUACCUCUUCGACGGAUACGCACAUCUCUCCUCCGGUCUUGCUUGUGGUCUCGCUGGUCUUUCUGCUGGUAUGGCCAUUGGUAUUGUCGGAGACGCCGGUGUCAGGGCAAAUGCUCAGCAGCCUAAGCUCUUUGUCGGGAUGAUUCUUAUCCUUAUCUUCGCAGAAGCUCUUGCUCUUUACGGCCUUAUUGUGGGAAUCAUCCUCUCCUCACGAGCUGGCCAGUCUAGAGCUGAAUGAGAAUGUAACCCCCCACCACAAGAUUUUCCCCCGAAGGCACACAAACCAAGACCUCGCCUUGUGGAACCUCCCUUGGACUAUUUUACCUUUUGGAAGUAGAAAAUCCAUAUUUGUUGUCUUAUGAAUAUAUUAUGAAAAACAAUAGUCUUAGUUAAGUUAUUAAUCUGAUGGGAUUUUAUUAUCUUAGACCAUGUGAUGUGAUCCUCCACAAUGUUAGUGAUAUAUUUAAAUUUGAAUA